GAUUAUAACGGAAAGCUCCAGCAUCUGUGGCCUGUGGUUGUAAAAUAGCCUGUUUCUCUGUUCGAAGGCUCGUUGCAGCGAGGGCGAUUCAGAAGGUCGCGAUGGCGAACAAUGUCCAAAACAAGCAGGUGAUACUCAAGGACUUCGUCUCUGGCUUUCCCAGCGAGUCCGACAUGCUCUUCACCACUUCCUCUAUCAAAUUGAAGCUUCCAGAAGGUUCCAAUGGCGUCUUGGUGAAGAAUCUCUACCUUUCUUGCGACCCCUACAUGCGUGGCCGUAUGUCCAAACCAUUAAUUCGAUCUUACGUUGAUUCCUUCCAGCCUGGUUCGCCAAUAAGCGGAUUUGGAGUUUCAAAAGUUAUUGAUUCUGGGCAUCAAAACUUCAGAGAAGGUGAUUUAGUCUGGGGAAUAACUGGGUGGGAAGAAUAUAGUGUGAUCAGUUCACCAGAGUCUCUGUUUAAGAUACAGCACACAGAUCUGCCUCUUUCCUAUUAUACUGGCAUACUUGGUAUGCCUGGUGUGACUGCUUAUGCUGGAUUUUAUGAGAUUUGUGCCCCAAAGAAAGGGGAGACUGUAUUUGUAUCAGCUGCAUCUGGAGCUGUAGGUCAGCUUGUUGGGCAAUUCGCUAAGUUGAUGGGUUGUUAUGUUGUUGGAAGUGCAGGAAGCAAAGAAAAGGUUGACUUGCUCAAGAGCAAGUUUGGAUUUGAUGAUGCUUUCAACUACAAAGAAGAAACCAACUUGGAUACUGCUUUGAAAAGGCAUUUCCCAGAGGGUAUUGAUAUAUACUUUGAUAACGUUGGAGGGAAGAUGCUGGAUGCAGUGUUACUGAACAUGAAGAUCCAUGGCAGAAUCGCAGUUUGCGGAAUGAUUUCACAGUACAACCUUGAAGAGCCUGAAGGUGUACACAAUCUGAUGCAUCUUGUGAUCAAACGGAUUCGGAUGGUGGGUUUCGUGGUAUUUGAUCAUUACCAUCUUUACCCAAAGUUCUUGGAGAUGGUGAUUCCAUUGAUCAAAGAGGGCAAGAUUGUUUAUGUGGAAGACGUUGUUGAAGGCAUUGAGAAAGCCCCUUCAGCCCUGGUUGGUCUCUUCCGUGGCCGUAACGUUGGAAAACAAGUUGUGGUGGUCGAUCGUCAAUGAUAGGGGCUUGUGAUUGGAGGAAUAUCGCUAAUUUGGAACACGUUGUCUACAUAUUGCAAUUGAGCCUUGACCGGUUUGGUGGAUAUUUGUGAUGUCUUCAAAACGAGACAACUUAUGGCAUGGUGGAAGCAUUCAUGAUUCAUGAAUGAACAUAGUUUAUACAAUAUGUAAUAAUUGUUGUGAGAAUCAUGAAUAAUAGAAAGAUCACCUUCUACG